UGUCUACUUGUGGUUGGUUUGAGUAGUAUAUUAUUGAAUCCGCCUCGUUUUCAGAAUCCAGCAUUCCAAUUCGCUUAUUGGCCGCGUUACGUAGCUCGUAUGCUGCGUUUCCGAGCCAUCUACCGUGGCGAUCUACAGGGAUGGUCCUUCGAAAUGGAUCGUUCUAUGCCCUUCCAGUUACCCAAAGCCAAACCUAAUGAGUUCGCGGAGGAAAAAUGGCUGCCCGUGUGGCAUUUCUCUGAAAACCCGCCUUGGAAUAUUGCUAAUCGGUUAACCUCCUUCCCCUACAAGACGGACUGGUGUGUAAUACAUCCAGAUGGAAAGACCAAAACCAGAGAAAGGCUUACUGGAAUGCCUCCAGACCAACAGACCAUUUUUAAGGGAGACCGUGUUGGCAUUGUAAGCGCAGUUAUCAAAAUGCGCAAUCUUGUUUACGUGGAGGGUCUAAAUCCCCGUUAUCGAACUUCAGAAGACAGUGGUCAGCUCUUGUUCGAUGAAAACUAUCUUAAAAUAAAUGAGGAGGUUGCUCUAAUUGAUCCAGCGGACAGGACACCCUGUGAGGCAGUAUGGCGUUACGAAGCCCAGGGAAACCGGGUUCGAGUCUCCAAACGCAGUGGGCGUAUUCUACCCCUUCCAGCAGCUGCGCGCAUCCUUGAUGAUCUAACAGACCCUUUGUCUGCUGAUUCGGGUGAUAAAGAUACUCCCUCGGAGGUUGUCACUAAAGCGACUGUGGAUUUUUUCUCACCAGAGAAGUUAGAAACCUUCGAGCAGGAACUAACCCGUAUUUACGCCCCGCAAGAAAAGCGAGAACGAAUGCCUACUUAUUGGUAUUAA